AUUUGGACAGUGAUUUCCGGUCAGCUGAUAAAGUGUCAUCAGUGUUUGCAAACAAAACUCCCGUGCCUGCAUGUCUGCGCCGUCCACUGAAAUCACAUACAACUGCUGUCAUGGGAGAAAAUGAUGAGAGCGAAAUAAUCGAGCACCACGAUGAUGAGGAAAUGGAGAAGAGAAGGACUUCAAGAAAUCACUCGCAUUCUUUUCUGGAGAGCGUCACGUCGUCAGAGGACAAAAACGGCCACAGCAGCACGCAGUCAUCACACCGUCUGCUCGCCUACAGUGAUGCACUCAUCUCCAUCAUUGCUACUGUAAUGAUAUUGCCUGUUGCACAUACAAAAUUUCAGGAUGAUGAGGAGCUGAAAGAGAGUAUCCAGAUUUUGCUCACUACCAAGGUUGCUGUGUAUUUGAUGACAUUUUUGAUUGUCAGUGUUGCUUGGGCUGCACAUGUCCGGUUGUUUCAGGUUAUUGAGCGCAUCGACGACACUCUUGCACUGCUUAACUUGGCUUGUAUGAUGCUUAUCACAUUUCUGCCAUACACCUUCUCCCUCAUGGCGACGUUUCCUGAUAAUUUUCUUGGCAUCCUCCUCUUCUGUGCUUGUGUCAUUGUGAUUGGUUUAAUUCAGGCCGCGAUUGUCUUGUAUGGAUUUAGCCAUCCUUUCCUCCUGAACAACCAUAUACAGAUGUCACAGAAUCAGGCUUAUUACAAGCAGAACAUCCUCAAAGUCAUCAUGAGGGUUCCGAUAAUGUGCUUCUUUGCCAGUAUAUUUUCAUUCAUCUUUUUCCAACUGUCCUACGUCCUUUUGGCGAUCAUCAUAUUCCUGCCCUACAUCUCUCAGUCUUUGAAAUGGAUUCGGAAUAAAGCCAUUGGUGGUCAGGUAGAUGAGAGUCCAGAUUCCAUGCUUUUCUACACCUACCACCCCAUUGAACCUUUGAGUAAAGAGCGAGUGGAGGCUUUCAGUGAUGGGGUGUACGCCAUUGUAGCCACGCUGCUCAUCUUAGAUAUUUGUGAAAACAACGUACCUGAUCCCUCUGUUGUGAAAAAGCAGUUUGACAACAACCUCAACGCUGCACUUCAGGAGUACGGUCCAGAGUAUCUGGCCUACUUCGGUUCUUUUGCCACAGUUGGGCUGCUUUGGUUCGUUCACCACUCUCUCUUCCUGCACGUGACGAAGGUCACACGCCUCAUGGGCCUCUUCAACACCUUCUCCCUGGCCUGUGUGGGUGGCCUGCCACUGGCAUACCAACUUACACAAGAGUUUCCCAGAGGCUCGCGCAAUGAGCUUGAAGCUGUGCAGGUCAGCUGUGUCAUCAUCUUCUUUGCCGGUCUCUUCCAGCUAGCUAUGUGGGUUGUGGCACUUUUUACAGAACGUGAGACAUUACACCCAUAUGUACGCUAUGGCGGUCGAGAGCACACAUUCAUGUUGGCCAAGCUCUCACUCUAUCCUUGUGUGGCGCUCGGGUCAUUCUUUCUCACCUGUAUUCUCAGCCGCUUCAGCGCGCAAAUCUUUCACAUGAUGGAGAUAGGUGUGCCGUUUGCUUUUCUUUUACUGAGGCUGCUGGUUCGUGUGAUGCUGGCACUGCUGAAAUGGCUGUUCUGUCCUGGGAGGCCUGAUGUGGACUGCUCUCCUGUAGAGGAAGAGGAUUCACAGCUCCCCAUUAAUGAUAUAGUUACUUAGCAGGGAAUGAAGAAGACAACAACUCCGUGUUUUGAUCUAAAAUCAGUUCCCUCCACUGUUAGGGGCUGUUCACACAGCACAUGCAUGGGUCUGCUCUAUUUUUAAGUGUUUGUCUAAGUAAAUAUGCACCAGACGUUCGUCUUUGUCUAUUAUGAUGCACUGUUUUUUCAAAAACACCCUGCAUUCUGUAACAUUCUACCGGUCUGUGUCUUUCUGUUUUUGAAUGCAAAAACACAUCCUGUGUGAACAGCCCUUUGAUAACUAUUAAGGAUAGGAUAGCUAAGGAGUCCCAGUUCAGACUCCAUUUACAGGCCCAUAAUCUAUAAUAAAUGAUGCAACUGAUAGCUUUUUGAUGGCUAAGACACUCAUCGUUCAGAUCUCCUCAGUCAUUUUGUACAUAGACCAUAGAAAGGAUUGAUUAGAGUGUGAUCUAAGAUUAGGCCGAAACAAUGUGUAUCGGGCUUUAAGGUGUUCACUGAUCUCACAGCAGGGAACACCUGAAGAGAAACCGUCCUUUUUUCUCUUUACAGCAAUGCGCAAAGCCAUCAAAAUUGUUCAGUUUUGUACCGAAAAAAGUACAAAACUUAAAAGGUUAUCUCCAUGUUAUUUUAGAGUGUUACAUUAUUCAUAAGAACUACAAAUGUUGCAGAGAUUUAGGAAUCAUAAUCAGAUAUACUGGUUUUAUUAAUUUAUCAUUAUUGUUUUAGUUUAGUUUAUUUAAAGCUGAUGUAAUUCCUGUGACACUAGCACCACUAAAUGGAAUAGCAAAAAUUAACUAUGUUUAUUAAAUUUUUUAUUUGACUCAUCUGCAGUUGUUCAAAUUGUCCCGCCCCCAACUCAUGCCAUUGGUUUAUUACCGUUAUUUGGGGGGUCUUAGCGGGUCACUCAAAAUAAACACAUAAUUUUUAGCGCCACAUGGACAGUGUUUACAGUUUUUGAGACAAUUAACCCAUGCAUGGCCUACUUAUAAUUGUCUUUGCAUAAUAAUCUGGGGAAAAAAGUAUUUUAACACUGAAAAUGUUACAUACUUCAGCUUUAAUUAUCACCACUCUUAAGCUCUUAACUUCUUGCAAUGGAAAUAUGACUACAUGUAAAGAGCUGGAGAGCAGUUCAUACAAGAAAAUUAGAUUUGCAACUAGUAGGAUUUUAUCUUGUCUCUUAGGUUUCAUAUUUUUAAAGUCUGAAGAUCUAAAGCAGCUGUGCUUGAGAUCUUCAAGGCAGUUUCUGGUAGCAGAAAUCGGUCAAACACACAAACAAUAAGGGCGAAUGCUCAGUGUCAAUGUUAGAAAUGUAUGAAAUCUACAUGUCAUAGGCCAUGAAACUAUUAAUGCACCUUAGAAUAUACAAUGAAGUCCCCAUAGCACUUUACUGUACGUAUAGCUUACUCUGGAUUUAGCAUAUAGAGAGAAGGCUUUGAUGAACAUUAAGCAGCAUAACCCAUUGUAAGAAUUGUUUGAAUGUGCUUUUUUUUAUGUCAUGGUGUUUGAACUGUUUGUUUUUGUUUGGAAUUCAUCUAAAUGUUACUUCCAUUCAGAAGAUGUCAAUGUAAAGCGCACUUAAAAAAAACAUUUAAAUUGUGUAUUACAAUUUCAUUUCUGACAAGUGCAGUCUGCUUCAUUUUUCUUUUCUUUUUUUUUUUUUUUUGUGGACUGAUUGACAUUAUUACUGUCUGUUCAAGUGUUAUGUUUAAGUGCAACAAAUAU